GGGCUUGGGCUCCCCACUCGGGGAAGCGAUCGCGGCCGCCGCCGCAGGACCGGCCGGGGUCCGGCUGGACCUGUGUCCCCAACGAGUAAGCCGGUGAGAGCGGGCGGCCGGCCUCGGCGGCGCCGCCGCGGCCAGCCUGCGCCCGCCUCCGGGCCGCCGCGCCGCCGCCGCGAUGGGGGCCGCCCCGGGCCGCGCCCCCGCCCCGUCCCGCCCGCCGCGCCGCCACUGAGCGCAUGGGCCGCGCCGCGCCGCGCCGCGCCGCGCCUCUCCGGGAGCCGGGCCCGGGGCCCAGCCGCCGCCGCCGCUACCGCGCGCGGGACAGAUUGAUUCACUUUGGAGCUAUAAGUACUGAUGUAUUAGGGUGCAGCGCUCAUUGUUCAUUGACGCAGAGUCUCAAAAUGAAUAUUCAAGAGCAGGGUUUCCCCUUGGACCUCGGAGCAAGUUUCACCGAAGAUGCCCCCAGACCUCCAGUGCCUGGUGAGGAGGGUGAACUGGUGUCCACAGACCCUAGGCCUGUCAGCCACAGCUUCUGCUCUGGGAAAGGUGUCGGGAUUAAAGGCGAGACUUCAACAGCCACUCCGAGGCGCUCAGAUCUGGACCUGGGGUACGAGCCUGAGGGCAGUGCUUCACCCACCCCACCGUACUUGAAGUGGGCCGAGUCAUUGCACUCCUUACUAGAUGAUCAAGACGGGAUAAACCUGUUUAGGACCUUCCUGAAGCAGGAGGACUGUGCUGACCUGCUGGACUUCUGGUUUGCCUGCAGCGGCUUCAGGAAACUGGAGCCCUGUGACUCAAAUGAGGAGAAGAGGCUGAAGCUAGCCAAAGCUAUCUACCGAAAGUACAUCCUUGAUAACAAUGGCAUUGUGUCCAGGCAAACCAAGCCAGCCACCAAGAGUUUCAUAAAGGACUGCAUUAUGAAGCAGCUGAUUGAUCCUGCCAUGUUUGACCAGGCCCAGACAGAAAUCCAAUCUACCAUGGAAGAGAACACGUACCCCUCAUUCCUCAAGUCUGAUAUUUAUUUGGAAUACACAAGGACAGGCUCAGAGAGCCCGAAGCUCUGUAGUGACCAGAGCUCUGGGUCAGGGACAGGGAAGGGCAUACCUGGAUAUCUGCCCACUUUGAAUGAAGAUGAGGAAUGGAAGUGUGACCAAGAUAUAGACGAAGAUGAUGGCAGAGACCCUGCUCCCCCCAGCAGGCUGACACAGAAGCUGCUCCUGGAGACAGCUGCCCCGCGGGCCUCCUCAAGUAGACGGUACAGCGAAGGCAGAGAAUUCAGAUAUGGAUCCUGGCGGGAACCUGUCAACCCCUACUACGUCAACUCUGGCUAUGCCCUUGCUCCGGCCACCAGCACCAAUGACAGUGAGCAGCAGAGCCUCUCCAGCGAUGCGGACAGCCUGUCCCUCACUGACAGCAGUGUGGAUGGGAUCCCACCGUACAGGAUCCGCAAGCAGCACCGCCGAGAGAUGCAGGAGAGCGUCCAGGUCAAUGGGCGAGUGCCUCUACCUCACAUUCCUCGUACUUACCGAAUACCAAAGGAAAUUCGCGUGGAGCCCCAGAAGUUUGCUGCAGAGCUCAUCCACCGCCUGGAGGCUGUUCAGCGGACUCGGGAGGCAGAGGAGAAGCUAGAGGAGCGACUGAAGCGCGUGCGGAUGGAGGAAGAAGGCGAGGAUGGCGAUGUGUCCUCUGCCCCCCCAGGGGCCAGUCAUAAGCUGCCUUUGGCCCCAACUUGGCACAAUUUCCCACCCCGCUACGCAGACGUAGGCUGCACAGGGCUGCGGGAUGCACAUGAAGAGAACCCUGAGAGCAUCCUAGACGAGCAUGUGCAGCGGGUCAUGAGGACUCCUGGCUGCCAGUCGCCCGGGCCUGGCCACCGCUCCCCUGACAGUGUACACAUGCCCAAGAUGUCAGGGGUGCUGGGGAACGCAACCCUGGGGCAUGGUAAGCAUGUGCCCAAAUUGGGGGCAAAGCUGGAGGCAGCUGGCCUGCACCUCCACAGGCACAGCCACCACCACAGCCACCACGGUGUGGCCAGGCCCAAGGAGCAGGCUGAGGCUGAGGCUGCCCGCCGGGUACAGAGCAGCUUCUCGUGGGGCCCAGAGCUGCAUAGCCAUGCAGCCAAGACCCGAAGCCACUUAGAGAACGUGGGCACCACCCCCAGUGCCAGCGACAGCCUGGGCUACAGUGGGAAGGCUGGCACAACCUCCAAAAGAAAUGCCAAGAAGGCUGAGUCAGGGAAGAGUGCCAGUGCUGAGGUGCCAGGCUCUUCGGAGGAUGCAGAGAAGAACCAGAAGAUCAUGCAGUGGAUCAUUGAGGGGGAGAAGGAAAUCAGCAGGCACAGGAAAGCUGGCCAUGGGUCUUCUGGGGCAAAGAAGCAACAGAUUCACGAAAGCUCUAGGCCCUUGUCCAUUGAGCGUCCUGGGGCUGUGCACCCUUGGGUUAGCGCUCAGCUCCGGAACUCUGUCCAGCCCUCUCAUCUCUUCAUUCAAGACCCCACAAUGCCACCCAACCCAGCCCCCAACCCUCUGACCCAGCUGGAGGAGGCCCGCAGGCGCCUGGAGGAGGAAGAGAAGAGAGCCAGCAAGUUGCCCUCGAAGCAAAGGUAUGUGCAGGAGGUCAUCCAGCGGGGGCGCUCUUGCGUCAGGCCGGUGUGCACGCCCGUGCUGAGCGUGGUGCCAGCAGUGUCCGACACGGAGCUCUCCGAGACAGAGACGAAAUCACAGAGGAAGGCGGGUGGUGGGAGUGCCCAGUUGUGUGACAGCAUCGUCGUGGCCUACUACUUCUGUGGAGAACCCAUCCCCUACCGGACCCUGGUGAGGGGCCAUGCGGUCACCCUGGGCCAGUUCAAGGAACUGCUGACCAAGAAAGGCAACUACAGAUACUACUUCAAGAAAGUGAGUGACGAGUUUGACUGUGGAGUGGUGUUUGAGGAGGUUCGGGAAGAUGAGGCCAUCCUGCCUGUCUUUGAGGAGAAGAUCAUUGGCAAGGUGGAGAAGGUGGACUGACCAGCAGGCCAGGCCUCUGCACCAGGCUGGGCCCUCGUCAGGUGGGGGCGGGGAAGGCCACACUGAGGGCUAGGUAGGGCUCUGCCAUGUCAGGUGCUCUCGUGUGUGCAAACACACAGCUCAUUGUGUGAGGCCAGGGACUACCUGCCCCCUAGCCGCCAACCCUUUGGUUCAUCUGUGUUCAGGUGAACAGGGGUCCCGUUGAGUGGUCAUACAGGCAUCUGUCCUGCUGCCAACAAGGAAGGGGCCCCACCCCCUCCAUAGCACUACUCUGAGAGUCCACCCAAAUAAGCAGGGAGCCCCCAUCCCCCAUGGGGCUGACUUGAUGACCCUCCCCAGAGGACCCCUGCUGCUAACCAGGGGCCAACUGCCUGGCAUCUCCCGCCAGGACUCUGCUUCUCCCUCCAGGAAUUGCCCACCAUGCCCUGCCCUGGUCAGGGCCAGCUCAGGCCUGGGGUUCAGGGGGCCAUUAGGGGCCUCUAAAUUGUACAUGUCACCGAGUGCCUUCAACACAGCUUGUCUCUUGCCUGCCACUAUGUGGAUCCGGCGACGGGGCACCUUAGUGCUCCCUCUCCACCCUCAGUUUCCACAACGCCGGCUCAGCGGGUCCCGGGCCCCUUCUUUCUAAGGGCCCAUGUAAAUAUGUACAUUUCUCAGGCUAGGGCUAGCAGGGCGCUGCCCCGAGCCCAUUUUUCAUGCGCUGACUUGUACAAUUAUCUUUUCAAAGGUACUUGGAUAAUAAUGAAAUAAAACCAGUUUUGAACCUUCCCUGGCUAUG